AUGGUGGAAUAUCUGGCACAGAAAUGCAGAGAAGACUCAGCAUUCACUAACUUCACCAAAAUAGAACGUUUCGUCCAGCUCACCAAAUUAGCUAGCAGAUUGGUCAGUGGUCAAGGUGGCAGAAGAAUAGCUCUCCUAAGACCAUUUCUGGUCAGCAAAGUGAGUAAAACUGCUUCAGAUCCUGCGGGUGACCAUUCAAAGGCAGGGGACAAUCCAUCAACUCCGAGACUUGAUGCAUGCCUGGCAUUUGUUUUAUCUAAAACGAGAAAACAUUUUAAGAAGACAUACAAGUAA